AUGUUUUCUGGUUAUCCACCUUUGUUCAGGGUAGGGUACAGAUGGAUCGCCAGGUUUCUUGCCCUUGGCUGUUAUGCUAUGCUGCUUAUACCUGGUUUUAUUCAAGUUGGAUAUUACUAUUUCUAUUCCAGUCAAGUACUUAGAGGCAUUGUUUAUGGUGAUCAACCGAGAAAUAGGCUAGAUCUAUACCUGCCGAAAAAUAUGAACGGGCCAAAGCCAGUUGUUGCAUUUGUAACAGGUGGAGCAUGGAUCAUUGGCUACAAAGCUUGGGGUUCUCUUCUAGGACAACAAUUGUCAGAAAGAGACAUUAUUGUGGCAUGCAUUGAUUACAGAAAUUUUCCUCAGGGGACAAUUAGUGACAUGGUUAAGGAUGCUUCUCAAGGUAUCUCCUUUGUUUGUAACAAGAUAGCUGAAUAUGGAGGUGACCCGAACAGAAUUUACUUAAUGGGACAAUCCGCUGGUGCACAUAUUGCUACAUGUGCUCAGAGAGAGAGAGUCAGCUGA